GUGGGCGAGGACGUCCCUUCCACCCCACCCCCGGGCUCGCGGCCGGCAUGGAGCUCUUCCAAGCCAAGGACCACUACAUCCUGCAGCAGGGCGAGCGCGCGCUCUGGUGCAGCCGGCGCGACGGCGGCCUGCAGCUCCGACCCGCUACUGAUCUGCUUCUUGCCUGGAAUCCCAUUUGUUUGGGUUUGGUAGAAGGAGUUAUUGGGAAAAUUCAACUUCAUUCAGAUCUUCCAUGGUGGCUUAUUUUAAUUCGUCAGAAAGCACUGGUGGGCAAACUGCCAGGAGAUCACGAGGUCUGCAAAGUGACCAAAAUUGCUGUGCUGUCGCUGUCUGAGAUGGACCCUCAGGAUCUUGAGCUGGAGCUCUGUAAGAAGCAUCAUUUUGGGAUUAACAAGCCAGAGAAGAUUAUACCAUCACCCGAUGACUCCAAGUUUCUCCUGAAGACCUUUACGCACAUUAAGUCCAACGUGUCUGCUCCUAAUAAAAAGAAAGUUAAGGAAAGCAAAGAGAAGGAGAGGCUGGAGAGGAGGCUGCUCGAGGAGCUGCUGAAGAUGUUCAUGGACUCGGAGUCCUUCUACUUCAGCGUGACCUAUGACUUGACCAACUCCGUGCAGAGGCAGAGCGCGGGGGAGGACGACGGGCGCCCCCUCUGGCAGAAGGUUGAUGACCGCUUCUUUUGGAAUAAGCAUAUGAUAAAAGACCUGACUGCGAUUGGUUCUCCAGAUGUGGACUUCUGGAUCAUCCCCAUCAUCCAAGGUUUUGUGCAGAUUGAAGAACUUGUGGUGAAUUAUAAUGAGUCACCUGAUGAUGAGAAAAGCAGCCCCGAGACCCCCCCUCAGGAGUCCACCUGUGUCGAUGACAUCCACCCACGGUUUCUGGUGGCGCUCAUAUCACGCCGGAGCAGGCACAGAGCAGGAAUGCGCUAUAAACGAAGAGGAGUGGAUAAAAAUGGAAAUGUUGCAAAUUAUGUGGAGACUGAGCAAUUAAUUCAUGUUCAUAACCAUACACUGUCAUUUAUUCAGACACGAGGCUCUGUGCCUGUAUUUUGGAGCCAAGUCGGGUAUCGAUAUAAUCCAAGACCUCGGCUGGACAAAAGUGAAAAGGAAACUGUUGCCUAUUUCUGUGCCCAUUUUGAAGAACAACUGAGAAUUUACAAAAAACAGGUCAUUAUUAACUUGGUAGACCAGGCGGGGAGGGAGAAGGUCAUUGGUGACGCUUACCUGAAGCAAGUGCUGCUGUUUAACAGCUCACACCUCACCUACGUUUCCUUCGACUUCCAUGAGCACUGCCGAGGAAUGAAAUUUGAAAAUGUUCAGACACUGACAGAUGCCAUUUACGAUAUUAUUCUCGACAUGAAGUGGUGCUGGGUUGAUCAAGCUGGGGUAAUAUGCAAACAAGAAGGAAUUUUUCGAGUUAAUUGCAUGGACUGCCUGGAUCGCACCAACGUGGUCCAAGCUGCCAUCGCACGAGUGGUCAUGGAGCAGCAGCUGAAAAAAUUAGGUGUGAUGCCCCCGGAGCAGCCACUACCUAUGAAGUGUAAUCGGAUCUAUCAGAUAAUGUGGGCUAACAAUGGUGAUUCCAUUAGCAGGCAGUAUGCUGGGACAGCCGCUCUGAAGGGUGACUUUACAAGAACAGGGGAAAGGAAGCUAGCAGGAGUUAUGAAAGAUGGAGUUAACUCCGCAAAUAGGUAUUACCUCAGUCGAUUUAAGGAUGCUUAUAGGCAAGCUGUUAUAGAUUUGAUGCAAGGCAUCCCAGUGACAGAAGAUCUCUACUCCAUAUUCACCAAGGAGAAGGAGCAUGAAGCUUUGCAGAAGGAGAGUCAAAGGAGCCACCAGGAGCUCAUCAGCCAGCUCCUACAGAGCCACAUGAAGUCACUGCUGCCUGAGGAUGAGACGUUCCACGGGGGCUGGGCCCUCACCGACUGCGACCCCAGCCUCCCCGACGCCGCGCACAGAGACGCGGAUGUGCUGCUGCUGCUUUCCAGCUCCGCGUACUACGUCGCCUAUUAUGAUGAUGAAGUUGAUAAAGUAAACCAGUACCAGCGAUUGAGUCUAGAAGACCUGGAAAAAAUUGAAAUAGGUCCUGAACCCACUCUUUUUGGCAAGCCAAAGUUCUCCUGCAUGCGACUGCACUACAGACAUAAGGAGGCAAGUGGUUAUUUCCAUACCCUGCGAGCCGUCACCCGCAGCCCAGAAGAAGAUGGAAAGGACACUCUCCAGUGCAUUGCAGAGAUGCUGCAGAUCACCAAGCAAGCCAUGGGACUGGAUGUCCAGGUCACCGAGAAGAGACUUGAGAGGAAGAACAGUAAACCUCACGAAGGCAUCAUUGGUAUCAGAUCUCAAAACCAAGGGUCUUUGGCUCAGGGGAGAAAAUUUUUAAUGAGCAAAUUUUCAUCUCUAAAUCAAAAAGUGAAGCAGACCAAAUCCAAUGUAAACAUUGGCAACCUCCGGAAGUUAGGAAACUUUACAAAACCCGAAAUGAAAGUCAACUUUCUGAAGCCAAACUUGAAAGUCAAUCUCUGGAAAUCAGAUAGUAGUCUUGAGACUAUGGACGGUAAGGUCCAGGCUGAGUCUGAUGGAGACCUGUCUUCAGAUAACGGCUCGUACCACUCUGAUGAAUUCCUCACAGAUCCCAAGUCGGAGGAAGACAGGCAGCUAGCUGAUUCUUUGGAGAGUGCAGGACCAGUAGAUUAUGUCCUUCCUAGCUGUGGCAUUAUUGCUUCAGCACCUCGGUUAGGCAGUCGGUCCCAGUCUGUAAGCAACACUGACGUUGGCGGUCACCCUCCCUCGGAGGUUACUGCUGGUCCUGCAAGUGGGCUUAGAGAAGACCAGGAGUCUCCCUUGAAGAAGAGUCCUUCUGCUGACAGCAUACGCGUACUGACCAGCUUUGCUAAGCCUGUGGAUGUUUACUGCCACAGGUUCGUGCAAGACGCACAAAACAAAAUGACUGAGAUAUUGGAGGUGAGGUCUGUGUCUCAAACUAGUGAGGAAGGAAAUCAAACUACGAAUCAAGUUUCUGAUGAAGACACCCAUUCAGAAUCCGUGGAGCAGACGCCCUCCCGACCAUCGCAGUUAGACGUCUCUCUCUCUGCAACAGGCCCACAGCUUCUGUCAGUCGGAGCAGCCCACUCUGCUCUGGCCAACAAGAGCCCCAGCUCUGGUUCUAGCGUGCUGGACCUGGAGGCGGGACCUCACAUCACUCCUUCCCCGUCUGAGAGCAGUGGCAGCAGAGCCGUCUCUCCCUUUGCAAAGAUCCGCAGCUCCAUGGUGCAGGUGGCUAGUAUUACCCAGGCCGGGUUAACCCACGGUAUAAACUUGGCAGUGGCAAAAGUUCAGAAGAGUCCUGCAGAACCCGAGGUGGUUAAUGAAAUCCAGCAAAAUGAACUUAAAAAUAUGUUUACGCAAUGCCAGACACGAAUCAUUCAGAUCUAGAUUUUAGUCACAAAGAAUUGUGUGGCUUGUAUUUGAAAUUUCAAAAAGGCUAUAUUAACUUGUGUCUGAACUUAGGGAUCACAAAUUCUAAUUGUUUACUAGCAAGUGUUUUGCAAGGAGUCCGAAGCGGAGCAGAAAUCCAUAGUCAGAGCCAAGAUGAGUGCACGCUGGUGUGUAGACCUGAGUAGCAUACGCAGUAUAGGGUGGUGUGUUUCUCUUGUUCGGGGAUGGUUACUUUGGGAUAGAAACUUGCCUGGUUUCUGAAGCAGGGAGAGGAAGGAGUCUGUGAAGGAGACACAAGCCCACGUGAGAGAGGCCCUGUCUGCUUGGCCGUCAGCGCCUUCCCGUGCACCGCCUCCAGUCAGUUACACACUCAGCAUUGAUAGGUAUGGAGGGCCAUCAGAAUGUACAAACUUGGUUUGGAUGGCUUACCAGUUCCCUCUGGAAUUGAGGGUUGACAUUAGUAAAGAAACAUAUUCUCAUUUGAUCCUAACUUCUUCCCUUCUACUUACAAAAAAUUAUAUUAAAAAUUGUGCAGCUACUACUGCCCCCCAACUUGUUAACAGGUUUGCUUGUCAUAAAGUAAACCUGGUACAUGAAAUGGGAAUGGCAACAGUGAUUAACUUUCAUGUUGCUGUUUGGAGGAAUGUAAGAAUAUAUAAUGGCUCCUGGAAUUUCUAGAAGAAAGUCUUCAAGUUGUGAUUGUUUUCUGGGGAGCAUCGUGUGACGGCUCAGAACUACUGAAAAUUUAGUCUGAAGCACAGCUGUGCUGAAACUGGUCUAUGACAAUAACUGACCACAAAGAACCAGGGCCACCUGUACAACCUACAUUAAGAUUCCAGCAAGUACCGCUUUCUGUGGUAUCUCCAGGGCCUUACUCUGGUGAAGUCAUUCUUGGCUGAAUAAUAUGUCUGUGGUAACGCCGAUAAGCAUUCCACUUGUUAUUUAUUAGUGAUUUUUUUUUGAAGUGUCAAGUCUUGUGACUAUUAAAGUACCAUUGUAAUUUAAAGCAA